CUCUCUCUCUCUCUCUCUCUCUCUCUCUCUCUCUAUUAUUCUUAUCUGGAAGAGACAGAUAAAACUUUUGGGCACUUCGUGACAUUCAAGAGACAUCGUCGCUGCGCUACCUCGUAGACGUUUAUCCUACACCAAGAUAUUAUUGUUACCUCUCCCUCUCCCUUCACUUUUUGUUGGCCAGGAGCUUAGGCCGAAAUCUUUCAAUGUUGUUGGGUAAAUGAUUGGGUGCUUAAGGUGGAGAUAAUGGCAUUGGCAACCCAUCAUGUGCAGGGUUCUUAUCAAGCAUUUACCUCGAUGCCAUCAUGGAACAGUGGAUUAAAGUUGAAAUGCUAUAUAACAACACUUCACAUGGUUGGAAAUACAAAUAGGAUCAACUCGGUGAAGUGCAAAUCUUGUUUAAGAGUAGGAGCUCCUUUUGUCCUAGGACCAAGGGGGAAAUCAUUGAAAAUUUCAGCCUUCAAAGGUAUUGGCCAAAAUGACGAAUCAGGAGCCCAGGCAAGUGGAUCAAAGUUGCAAAAUAAUUCUGUCAAAUUUUCUUAUGUGCCACAGGAAAGUGAAACCUCAACCAAUUCUCCAAAGGUGAAGAAUGUUCCAGUUUCCUACACAUCUGAAGCACAUGAAACCAUAGCAGGAUCUCCAGCUAUACAAGAACUUUUUAAGAAUUGGUUGUCUUUGUUGAGAACACCAUCACCAAAUCAAGUGGUGGAUGAAAUUAUAGAAGAACCAUCCAAAAGGGCAAUAUCAGAAACACAAAAUGGGAUACAAAACAAAGAAAGUGGUGGAAUUCUGAAGGCAGUUUGGAGUAAUUUCCUGGGGCUGGAUGCGACGAUAAAAAUACCUUUGCUGAUAUUCAUUCCCUGGUACCUGUCAGUUAAUGCAAUUUAUGGGGCUGAUGUUUCUAAAGAGUUGACCCCUUUAUGGAUUUUUGGGCCUUUGAUUGUGGCUCUCUACAUCAAGAUGUUCCGGGGCUUAUUCGCACUUUAUGUUUUCAGCUUCAAGCAGACAGUUAAAGUAGUCAAGAAUGUACCCAACUACUAUUUAGUUGCUUACAAUUACAUUUCUCAUGGGAAGCUCAAAGACGACAUACGAGCGCAUUUAUGGCAGCAUAUUGUGGACAUUAAGAACUUAGACUACAAAGAGCUACCAAAAAGAAAGAUGAAAGAGUUGGAAGGCUGGUUGGUGGAGAAGUACCUGGACUUUGUGGAAUCAAUCUGGCCCUAUUAUUGUAGAGCAAUUCGGUUUUUAAAGAGGGCAAAUCUUAUAUAGGGCUGAGGAUUGUAUUUUAUGAAGGGUGCUGAGAACAGAGGACAUUGAACUUUGAGUGAUUUUCAUUUUUGCUUUUGGGUGAAAAUUUUCUGGUGGGGCAUAGGCUGAGACAGCUGUGAAACCCCGUUUUGGACCGAGGUUCUUCUCAUUUGCCUGAGCAAGUGAUUGUUAGAAGCAAAGCGCAUUGAACGAUUUUGUAAUUUUCAAAGGCAUCAUAUUCGUAUUGAUUAAUGGGUUCUAGAUUGGUUUUAGCAUUUACUCUCUUUAGUGGCUUCUCUAAUGGGAUGUAUUACAAAGUAA